AUGAGGUGGUGGUCCUUUGGAAGGAAGAAUAAGGGAGAGGGUGACUGGGACACUGACUCGGCCGAAUCGUCUGAUUUUUCUGAUUCGAAUGAUAAUGACAAUGACAAUGACGGCAAUGGAACUCGCAUGGUCUUCUCUGAUCAGCAAUUUCGAGCUGGGCAUAAUCCCAGACCAAACGAUAAAUUCAUCGCCAUCAUGGGAGUGACAGGCUCAGGCAAGAGCUCGUUUAUUUCGUUAUUAACGGGAGGACAAGCCAAGGUCGGCUCAGGGCUGGAAGCUUACACAAAGAAUACCGACGUGUAUGCCUAUACUUUCGCUCCGGGCCAAACAGUGUACCUCAUUGAUACCCCUGGGUUUAACGACACCUACCGAGAUGACACAAAGAUUCUGGUCGAGAUCACAUCUUGGUUGACAUCUUCAUACAAUAACAAAGUCAACCUGAAUGGUGUAAUAUACCUGCAUGAUAUUACACAGGGUAGAAUGUUCGGCUCUGCGCUGAAAACUUUGAAAACUUUCAAGGAGCUCAGCGGCCCCGAUGCGAUGCAAAAGGUUGCCCUGGUAACUACUCAUUGGGAUAUUGUCGCUCCGAGUACCCGUUCCAAGUGUGAGGACAACGAGAAGCAGCUCAUCAAAGACGAAGGGUUCUGGGGCUCAAUGAUCAGAAGGGGAAGCUGGGUUGGAAGACAUGACAAUACGCCAGAAUCAGCGGAUAAAUUAAUCCGUUCCAUCGUUCGCCAGUCCCGCGUAAUACUGGCGGUGCAGUCACAAAUGGUCGAUGAGAAUCUGAAGUUAUCUCAGACCGGCGCUGGAAGGUCCCUGGGCAUCUCAGACUGGACAAGAAAAGGAGUGACGCUGCACGGGAAGCGGCACAGAAAGUUUCGACGAGAGCUUGAUAGAAUGCGAAAGCAGCUAGAAGUGACCAGUCGUGAGUUGAAUGAACGGAUGCAACGUGAGCUCGCAGCGAAGGAAAGAAAGAUUCAACUCGAGCGGGAACAGCAUCAUCGGGAACGGGUGAGGCUGAGGGCUCAUCGGGAAAUUGGCUUGUCCCGCGAGGACUAUGAGAGACAAAACCGUGAGAGACAAACAACCAGGAGGCAGAUGCAGAUUUCAGAGGAGAAAGAAGAGGAAGACAGUUGCACGGGCUCAGACAGUUCUUCUGGAUACGAGCUCAACUUUGAGCUGCGCAGACGUCCCCAGGCCAAUAAUCGGCUUCCCAGGAACACGUCGGCCAGGACGCCUGGCCGACCAAAGAAUAGGACCGGCAACAACGAUUCGUCCUCUAGGAACAACUACAACGACGCCGCCUCGAUGAUUGUACAUACAGGCAUGUGA